AUGGUGGUGUGGUCGUAUCCGCCCACGCGGAAGCAGCAUGUGGUGAUGGCGUGCUGUUUCGUAGCCGGGAUUGGACUCUUCGGCGUCGGAGCUCACCUGUCGCUGGAAAACGUGGGCCCACAGCAAGAACGGGUCAAGGCGCGCAGGGAGUUUGUGAAGGACCGACUAAGAAAGCUUCUGGAUGAUGAUUGAUCAGCGUCAGCUACUUUGCUUCUUUUGAUUUCGGUGAGCUUUCAACGCCGUAUUUCUCAACUCUAGUAUAAUAUCGAGCAUACAAGUGCUUUGAGCAUGCUUCUGUUUAGAGUUCAGUAAUAAAAUGUGAGCAUGGUUCGUUCAUAUAGUAUCCAGUUUUGUACAUGUUUAUUUGAUGUUCUGGGAUCAGCAUUCAACACAUUUGCGUAUUGGGUUUUUACCCCUGCAGCUUCAUAUAGUCGUCUUGCAGAUUAGAUUAGGGUACUAAGGUUCAUUGUGAAGUCUAAUAUACUGUCAACAUGUAUAUGUUCGGUUUAUGUGAUCAAAUGAAUUCUGUAAGUGUGGUUUAGAACCAUAAACACAUAAGGUUUUGCUAACAAUUUUACCUUGGUUAUUGAAUUUUGUUAUUAAUCACCAAUCUAAUUGUGUAGUAAGCAAUCUUUGUUGACAUUACUGUCACACAUCAGCAGUGCUGUUUAUCCAUAAAUUCGAUCUA